GUAAUUUUCAUUUAGAAUUAUGGUAAUAUUCAAUAUGAUUCUAAGGCGGUUUGAAUAUUUACGACAAAAAUAACACUGCAACUCCGAGUUUUAAAAACGUGUUGUUUUCUUGAAGUUUAUAUUAAAAAGGAAUGGUAUCAACGAGAGGUUUACGCUAUAAGUUUAGCGAAGGGGAGCGUGUCCUUUGCUAUGAACCUGACCCUACUAAGGCUAAAGUAUUGUAUGAUUCUAAGGUUUUAGAAGUAAUAGAGAGCAAAGACAAAAGGGGACGUCGCACCGUAGAGUAUCUAAUACAUUUCCAAGGUUGGAAUUCAUCGUGGGACCGUUGUGUUAGUGAAGACUUUGUACUUAAGGACACACAAGAAAAUAGACAGUUGCAGAGGGACUUAGCUGAGAAGUCACAGCUCCAAUUGGGAGCAUACUUAUAUAGAAGGGAGCGUAAGAAGAGAGUCAACACGACCGCGCAUCCAGGCCCCGCUAAGCGCGCCCGACAUGGGCGCAGCGAUGCGGGAUCAUCAACCAGUACACAACCUGAUGAAGUGGAGCCGGGGGACACUGACUCAUCAAGUGGGUCAGCAACAAGUUCAGACUCGGGUAGUACCAGCAGCAGCUCCGGCUCUCAGCAACACUUGCAGCGGAAGCCACAGGGGUUCAAAGCUGACAUACCUAUACCACCUGCCCUCAGGGAUCGUCUAACAUUCGACUACCACUUGGUGGUGAAGCGUGGUCGGCUGGCGCGGCUGCCGGCGUCUCCUUGCGCCGCAGAAAUACUGGAGUCGUACGUAAAGUGGUUCGCGCACACCGGCGUGUGGCAAACCACUAGGACGAGACAUGCGCCCGCGCAACGUCCUGAUAUACUCGACGUAUCUUGCAGAUUGCAUCUAGUCAGAGAGGUGGCAGAAGGCAUCAGAAUAUACAUCGACUUUAUCCUCGGAGACCAUUUGCUUUACAAACAGGAGCAGACCCAAUAUUGGCAGAUCUGUGGACAGUAUAAUCAAGACAGUAAGCCAAAAAGUGAGAGCGAAGAUUCGCAAGAAGAAGACACUGCAGCGACAGACGAAGAAAUGAAUAGUACAAAGAUGGCGGAAUAUUCACAUCUGCCACCCGAUCCUGUUCGAAAUCAGAACAAUAAAGAAAACAACAGGGAAAACGACGAUGAAACCGAAGAAAAUGAAGCAGAGAAUGAUGAAGAGGAUGACGAAGAUAAUGAAGAAGAUUACGACGAAGAUAACGAGGAGGAUAAGGAAGUAGAAAAUGUACACAACAACGUCGAAAACCACUCACAAGAGAGCGCAACAGAAGAAGACGAAGAAGAUGAAAUGGAAAACGAUGCAGAACACGAUGAAAGUGAUGAUGCACGUGACAAUGCAGAAAAUGAUGAAGAUGAAACUUUACACAACAAUGUAGAGAACGAAGUGGAUAAUGGUAUGCACAAUAACGUAGACAAUGAAGAGGAUGAUGACAGUAACGAAGAAAACGACGGAGAUAAUGUUUUACACAACAAUGUAGAAAACGUCGACCAUAAUGCAGUAAACAACAACAUAGAAAACGAAAAGGAUGAUGCUGAAGACUCCAACGAAGAAAACGAAAGAGAUGAUGCUUUAAAUAACGACGCUGAAAAUGAAGAAGGUGGUGCUGCACACAAUAACGUAGAAAAUGGCGAUGGUAAUAUUGCACACAAUAACGCCGUAAAUGGGGAAAAUAAUGCAGAAAACGACGAAGAUGACGAAAAUAGUGAAGAAGAAAACGAAGAAGAUAACGUCCAACAUAACAAUGCAGAAAAUGAAGGUGUCGCUGUACAAAAUGACGCAGGUAACAGAGGGAAUGACGUCAACAGACAAAAUGAAGUACAGCAAAACAAUGAACACGAUGCACAAAAUGAGGAAGAAGACGAUGAAGAAAUGGACGUAGAUAAUGCGGCAGAAAAUGAUGAAGAUAAUGGAGGUGAAAAAGCUGGCGAAUACGACGGAGAGAACGAUCAAGUAAACGACGAAGAUGAAGACUCAAAAUCAAAAGUGAUGGAAUCAGUCGCCGAUAGAAAUUUAUACAAAUACACCAAUUCAAGUUCAGAUCCUAAGAACGAAUGUGAAGGCGAGGACGUGAAGGUGGACGUGAAGUGUGUAAAGAUAGAGGCGAGCAGUGAGGAGGCGGAGCAGUGCGAUGACGUUACACCGCGCGGGCGUAGAUGCGCCACACGCAGCGGACACUAUACCAGGAGACUACGUUCAUACAAAUCCAAUAAAUCGCACUCAGAGAACGAGGAGCAGGCGCCGUCGACUUCCACUGAACAAAAGCCCUUCGACACGCAAUCAUCCAGUGUGGAGAGCACGAUGUCGUCUCUGAGUGAGGAGUGGCGCGGGAGAGCGACGCGCGCGCCGCCGCCCGCCCCGCCCACACUCAAACGCACGCCUCUCUCACUGUUACUAGAAAAGGUAUCAAAAUGGCGGGUAAUUCCAAGAGACGAAAGUACAAAGCAUCUGCCGUGCAGAAUAUAUGGCGCCACACACCUCGCAAGGCUCUUUGUAAAACUACCGGAAUUUUUAAAUGCUACGAAUAUGGCGGAAUCAAAACUGAAGAUUAUAUUGAAAAACAUUGACAUGUUUAUUCAAUAUUUGGAUCAGCACGGUGAAUGGUUCGGAGAGAUGCACUACAUGUCAGACGGACGGUCGGACUCGCACUGACGGCGAAAGAGCGGCGAGUGACGUCUCGCUCAUCCCCACCACUUCCCCCACGCACGCUGCGCAUGCGCACGCGACAUGCGCGCACGGUGAACUGAAACUACGAACCCUACUGACUAUAUACUGGACUGGCUGUGGACCGUAGUGGUUUGUGUUUAUUCCAUUAUCACCAUUUUGGCGUUGGAAUAAU